ACUAAAACUUUUAAAGCACUAUCAUAACUUGACAGUCGUUGGCAUAAAACGUGGUGUAGAUGGUUUUCUGCUGUCACCAUGACAUUUUCAGGGCCUUCGAUAAUUUUCUUGACAUCUCUGUCAGCCAUUCCUUUGUCAUAUUUUAUGAACAAGAUAUCGCAAAUGAUUGACCAGCGGAUGAUUCUGGUGGCUGGUGUAUGUUCAUUGCUGUUUGUUACCAUCAUACCUUACCUGCACGUGAAAUACAAUCCACGAAAAACCGAUUCAUUUUUCUAUGUUUUAAGUAUUUUCACCUUCAGUUCGGUGAUUGACUUAGUCAUUGGUCUUGAAAAUGACGGCCUGAUUGAAAACUUUAUGACGUUCUAUCUGAAAGAGGGAGAACCAUACCUUAAGACAGCUCAUGGGACGAUGAUAUGCUACUGGGAUGGAGUGAUACACUACGCUCUCUACCUGAUGAUCCUGGCUGCAAUCAGCUGGGGCCAGAGUUACAGAGAAGUUGCUUUGUACUGGGUGGGGUCUCUCGCACACAGCAUGCUGGUCCUCAUGCCAGCAAUACUAAUGGGGCCUCAUGGAGUCAAGUGGCCAGUUUUGCUCAAUAUUCCAUUCCUCAUCAUUCCAUUUUUUGCUGGCGGAAAGUUUCUCAGGCAGAGACCCAGUGAGGAAGAGCACACAGAGCCAUCAAAAAUGAUGAAACAUCCGAGGAUUUGGCGAAGACCUCUUGACCUGUUUCUCGUCCUAUAUUUUUUAGCAGCGUCAUGUGUUGCCAUUUUGAGGUUCACUGCCGCGUUUGGAGGUAAGGUUGAGUUAGCUGAGCGGUAUGCUCAGAAGUACGAGCCGUAUCUGAUGGAGAGCAGCAAAUACGCGGCUGCCCAGAUGGCCGUCUACCUCUUCUUCUUCCUGCCAUACUAUGCGGGAAGCAUCUAUGCCCUCAUCUUCCCCGGCGAGAGCUGGAUGAGCGACUGGUCGUUGAUUCAUGCUGGAGCAGCGGCACAGGCUCAGUUUUCACACAUGGGCUCAUCGGUACACUACAGGACACCCUAUGUACACCGGGUCCCACAGAACAUGAAAGCCAGGGCGGUGUUCUGGGUGGUGAAUGUCCUGCUGUUCGCAGUGCCCCAGCUGAUGGCGUACAGGUGUACGAAUGAGCCGUCGUUUUUCCAGAAAGCCAACAAGACAGUGGUCAUUUCAGAAGAGUCGGAGAAGAACAGAAAAAAGAAAUAAAAGCUCAUGGUUGUAACAUGAUGUAACCAGGCCUGUAGGAACAAUAUCUAAAUGGAGGGGCAACAAUUUCCACCGGGGGUGCUGACAACAGCCAGAUUUUUAUCUUUAUUUAUAUAAAGUAGGACCAGAAAUGUACAUUUUCAUCCUCAAGUGGAGGGAGGGAAGGCACGGGCUCCACACCCCCACCACCCCCCAGUCCUGUGGGCCUGGCUACUGUAAUUCAUCAUUAGAAGAAUAUAUACUUUCUCAAGUUGGAUCACAUAAGGGACCAUACAAAAGUUAUUUAAUAACAGAGGUUGUCUGUGUGUUUGUAUGUGAAGGAAGGAAGGAAAUGUUUUACUUACUUUUUUAUUUACGGUUAUAUAGCGUCGGACAUAUGGUUAAGGACCACAUAUACUAGUAUAUUGAGAGAGAAAACCCGC